CGUGGGCAAGACCGGGGUGAUGCUGGACAGAGCGAGAUGCUGGAUCACGCCCUACGGCCUACAGAUCUUCUGCCAGCUUCCGAGCGGGCUGCCCAUGUUUGUCCACCUGAAGGACCCGAAAAAGGUGAAGUCCAAAAAGCGUUGGAGCCAGGCCAUGUACAUCAACUACGUGAUGAGGUUCCGUAAAGUUCUUUGGAGAAACGACAGUGAAAACAUCGCCCUGCCUUCCAUGGACGACCUUGGACGGCAUGCGGUGUCCAGCAUUUCUAAGUCUGUUCAAGAAGCGGGUGAUAUUCAGUUUCUGAGCCACAACGAACAGUUCAUGCUGAGGCGGAUAACGAACAUUGGUUACCCAACUUUGGCCGAGUUCCGGGUCGCGGCUGACACCGUCCAUGGAUGUCCAUCUGUGGAAGAUUCAAGUCCACCAAAUAGCGAGUCGGAAUCUCAGGUGAGUUACGUUUGUUACACAUUUAUUAACUGUGGUUUUUUUAACCUCUAUGCACUAAGACAACAGUGUUAACUUUUGUGUGUACCUUCGCAAAUUUUAUGUAUGCUUACAAGACUGUCAAACUGUAGAUUCUAAAACGGUUUAAAAAUCAAGAUCACUCUCAAACUAAAAUAAGUUAUGUUUAUGAUUAUAAUUAUCAUUGUGAUUAUGAUUAUGAAUGCUUAAAUGAAUGUACAAUUUUAGUGAAUUUUUUUAACACAUUUUUCAGCUAAUGAUCAUUCCUUUUAUUAGAGACUUUCUCUUUACGACAAGGUUUGUCACUUCUAGGUUUAUUACUGCUAGGUUUAGUACUGCUAGCUUUAUUACUACUAACUUUAUUACUCCGAGGUUUGCUAGGACUUAAGGUCCCCUCAGCUAUUCAUUUUCCGUAUUUUGAUAGCUUAAAACUCGCAUUCUGUUUGUUGUUUUUUCCAGUACCUUUGCAUUUUUUACUAUUCAUAAUUGCAUUUAUGUAUUUAUAUUUACUUUUACAUCAAUUUAUAUUUUUCGAGCAAAUCUUCCCAAUUAGCACAAAAAAAAUAAUCUUUGUUUAUUUUUUAAGCCCUAUGUACCACUUACCUGAACCCUUGAUUUUUAAUGAGCAUAUACAUAACAACAUUAUAAAAUGUUAUAAAUUUUAAAUUUCUUCAAUUUACCUUCAAUAAUAAUUAUAAUUCAACUUAUUUAAAGAGAUUAUCUUUUAAAUUUGUUUAGUUUUUUUUAUAAUUUAAUUUUGUUUAAAAAUUAAUCUUUCUUAAGUAUUUUAUUUCUUGAGAUUUCUAUCUGGAAGCAUCCAAAAGAAUCUAGACAAUUUUCUGCUCACUUUAAUCCUGCGUUAAUUCAAUCGUUUAUUUGCUUAAGCUUAAGUUAAUUCAAUUAAUGAUCAUGUUGUUACAUCAACCUAUACCAAGAUCUGUAGGUGUUUUGUUUUUUUUUUUAUUUUCUUACAAGUUUCUUUUUGACAUUCCUAUGGAAUUUAUAUGUGUGAGUUUUUUUUGUUUUUUUUUACUUUUACCUGUAUCUAAAAAGCCCCGUGUGUUAGGCAGACUGCGCGCGAGCCAACAUUCACUUACAUCCUUAUAACAUCCAGGGCCAGGUAUACAGUUCAAGCAAAGAAAGCUCAGAUCUCGAGUCGCUUCCAGACGAGAAGUUCAAGGAUGUCCCGCUCGGGGCCUACGUCAAUCGCGGGUACCAGUCAGACGGUGAAGGUGUGAGCUGGUCAACACCUGGCCCAGGUAGGCAUGGGCUCAACUUUUUUUUUUAACGGUUGUUAUCAUCAACGCAAGAGUUUUAAAAAAUGUUCAAUGUGUGAUUUAAUAACAAUUAAAUAUUUAUCUAAUAAAAUAAAUCUUUAACUUAGGCCUAAAUUUGUAUAUAUUCUUGAUUAGAUUUAAAACUCUACUUCUGUUGAUUACCGAAAGUGCGCUUUUUUUCGGGGUCAGAAUAUGUGUUGUUGAGAGCUUACUUUAAUAUAAAAGCGUUUUACACUAAAAAAAAAAUGUAAGCAUCGAAUAUCACGAAUUAUCUUUCUUUUAAAAAAUUAUGUAUAAAUCUACGAGACCUUCUCUGUGCUCUCUUUAUUUCUACACAUUAAUAACCUUUGUUACAGGGGCGUCAUUUCGGUAGUGCAGGAGGCAUUUGCCCCCCACCCCACUGAAUUUGCAGGUUUUAUUUAAGUUGCUAUGUACUGUAGCUAGCGCCUCCAGUAAUAAACAAGCCGACCAAAUUUUGGUUUUGCGGGGAGGGAGGGACCUUGGAAAAAACCUGAAAUGACGCCCCUGUUUUGUAACUCCCGUGAUUUUAAUGUACCAUCAAAGCUAUGUUCUCAGUCUACUUGUAAAUAAGUAAGCAUUCAGUUUCAUAUCAAAUAAAGGAGUUAUUCUUCUCUUACGCAAUUAACAUCAUCGAAUACUCUCUUCAUAACGUGUUGUAACUUUUCUGGCACAAUGCUUUUUUUUUCAACACACAAAUUGCAAUGAAAUGUAUCCCACUCCGCAGACAAUGACGCCCUGAACUCGACCAACAAAACCGCGCCGUCAUCUUACACUGACGUCGUCGUCGGGCAGUCCGCUUACGUGGACGAUGACCACACGUUCAUCUUGGCCACGGACGCCGACAUGGAUUUUAAGGCGGACGCCAUCAAGGAGCUGUUGGAUCUUUGCACGUCGGACAAGCGGAUCGGCGCGGCUUGCGGGAGGACACAUCCGAUCGGGCAGAAGUGCAGCUCUAUUGUUUGGCAUCAGGUGUUUGAAUAUGCUAAAGGUAACUUUUCAGUUUAACGCCUCGCGGGGAAGAGGAGAUGGGGGGUAGCUUUAAAACUAUUUUUAAAAAAAAAAAAAUUCUUCUCCCUUUUGCAAAUUAACGAACUCCAAAAGGGAUGAAAUCCCACUCAUUCGUAUACCUCGAUAAUAUGUUUAUAUUUAUUUUUUACUGAAUUAUUGAAAUGCCUAUAUUUUUGGUUCGGGGAACUGUUACACAAUUAAAUAUUUUAUUACUGGAACGCCACAGAUCUAAAAUAGUGUAGACAGAUUAGUCAAAACAAUGUAAGAUGGUGGUUUUUAUCUACCAAACUUGGUCUCCAAGCAUGCUAACAUAUCUGGUCAAUUUUUUUUAAACGACAGGGGAAAAAAAAAACACGACACCAGAUCCGUUUAAAAGCCACGUGACACAACUGUUCAACCCUUGCGAACGAAAACAUACAUUACUUAGUGUUGGCCUUUACCAGAUCCGUUUAAAAGCCACGUGACACAACUGUUCAACCCUUGCGAACGAAAACAUACAUUACUUAGUGUUGGCCUUUUUUUUUUUUUUGGUCUUGUUUAAUCAUAUGAUUUUCUAUCGAAACAGUAACAUAUGCUAGUAUCAACGUUAUCUAAAAUACCUUCCAUAUCAUUAUUCUUACCAAAGCCAAAACAUUUUGCUAAUUACCAAGAGGUAGUCGAUGUAGUUUCUUCUGCGCCUAAUAAAUAAGUCACCAGACCAAGCAUGAUUGCACCAUCAAUGACACUUUCGGUUAUUGCAGCAUUUUAUCUUUUCCCCCUCUGUCUAACCGUAUAGAUGUUUUCUCAGCAACUAAACUUGACUUAUCUGUGUGCACUAAUGGAGAUUUUUUUUUCUCUUCCUUCCGCCAACCUCACCCCUCAUGCAUGACACACACACGCACAUACAGACUUCUGGAUGAUCAAAAAUGCUCAGAACAUAAUAGGUUCUGUCAGCUGUUGCCCGGGAUGCUUCAGUCUGUACCGAGCCAGUGCUAUCAGAGACGUUAUGAGCAAGUACUCGAGCCCGACAAGGACACCAUUCACCGUCUACGUCAAAGAUACCGGUAAAUUCGUACAAUCUAAAAAGGGCAUGUCUGUUCUUGUUUGGAUUUUUUGUUUUCUUUAAUUUGUUUCAAUCGGCUCGUAAUUCUUGGUUGGUUUGUGUGUAUGUGUUGGAUUGGUGUUGUUUUCUCAAAGUUUUUUGGUUGGUUUUUUGGUUGGUUUUUUGGUUGGUUUUUUGGUUGUUUUUUUUGUUGUUUUUUUUGUUGGUUUUUUUGUUGGUUCUUUUGUUGUUUUUUUUGUUGGUUUUUUUGUUGGUUUUUUUUUUCUUUUGUUGUUGUUUUUUUUUUUUUUUUUUUUUUUUUUUUUUUUUUUUUUUUUUUUUUUUUUUUUUUUUUUUUUUUUUUUUUUUUUUUUUUUUUUUUUUUUUUUUUUUUUUUUUUUUUUUUUUUUUUUUUUUUUUUUUUUCUUCUGUUUGUUACUUUUCAAUUUUGCAAGGCCUAUAAAUAUACAGCGAAACAGAGCUGAGCAGUCAUGUCGAUUCUAUAAAUAGUGAUUCAUAUUACGAUGCACAGUUCUAUUAUCACUAGGGAAGUGUCUUCUUAUAAUAUGUAUGCCAACUGAACCAGACAGGAUAUUAAGCGGCGUCGAGACUCAAAAAUUCUAAAUUUAUUUUAUUUUUAAAUCCCAUUCUUUUGUUUCAAUUUAAAUAUUGAUUACUGGUGACGGCUUGUAAACAAAUUAAUUAAUUAAUUAAUAUUGGACAUAGACAGGUUAUUUUUUUUUUAAUUGAAGGUCUCUAAACUCAGACACUAACUGUCUUUAUUUUUUUCCCCUUGCAUUAUGUUCAGGUGAGGACCGGUGGAUGGCUACACUCAUGAUGAUCAACGGCUGGCGCAUGCGUUACUCACCUUUUGCUGACAACACAACUUACUGUCCCGACACUUUUGAGGUCAGACCGGGUGCUCUUUAAAAUAAUAUCGAAAUUUACUUAAAAAUAAACAAAACUCGUCUACGGGAGAGUUUGUCGUUUAAAAUUAAACAAGUGAUGUUUCCUCCUCCCACUCCCACAUCUUCGGUUUUCAAGCCAUGAUUUCAAACACACAAAAAAUUAGCAACGUCUGUUUUUUUUGGGUUUUUUUAUAUCUUAUUACUGUUCGACUUAGAGAGAAAAUGACGAUGGUUAUUCUUGUUCUAACAUAAUCUUUUAAGGACGAUCAUUGACAAGAUAAUAUGAAUGGGGUACGACUACGAUGGGGAAAAAAAAUUAGUUAUUUUCAGAGGGAAAAGUGCAAAUGGAUUGGUUCAUAUCAUUUCCGUUUUCAUGUCAUGGUGUGGAGGGUCAUGGUUUAGUUUAGAAAAAUGGAUUGGGAGACGAUACUGUGAAUUUAGAUGAAAAUAAAUUUUUAAGGGUUAAAGCAUAAAUUUUAUUUUUAAAACUUUAUUAUUGGGUCUGUUUUAAUUAACCCUACUCAACUGACUGGAAUCAAGUUUAGAAACAACAAACAUGAUUUUUGAACCAACCCAAUUUGAAGAAGGAGGGUGGCAACCACCGGUGAGCUACUCUGUUUUACAAAAAUUUGAACGUACCACAUACACCUUUGCACAGGACAAAAUGAAGACCUUGGAGCGCAUUAAGCCUUUAACACUAUCCUUUAGUUAGCUAUCUCGUUUGCAUCUUUGGGCGUUCUGCACAUCUGGUGGUCAUAAUAUCUUAUACGAAAAGAUUCAAAGGAAGUAACUUAGUUGAUCUUUGAACACAUUUCAGGAGUACUACAAGCAAAGGAGGCGGUGGAUCCUGUCGGACAUGGCCAACGCCAUCUUGGUGGUACAGAAUCUCAUCCGCCUGGUGCGCAACAACGAGUGCUUCAGCCUGAUGUACGUCAUCUAUCUGGUCAACAUGUUCCUCAACAACGUCAUCACGCCGGGUACUGCCAUCGUCAUGAUUACUGCAGGUUGGUAUAGGCUGGUCAUGACAUGGUUGCUGCUGAUUAGCUGUUUCUAUUCUUUUGACAUCUUUUCUGAACAUUACUUUUAAGAUAGAUAAAAACAGGUUUGCGUUGUAAGUUAAGACGAAUUGUGUCGAGUUUUCUGCGUGUUGUCCUUUUCAUUCCUUUUUUAUGUUUGUUUGUUACUUUGUUUUUGCUGUUGUUGUUGUUUGUUUUUUAAUUACUAUAUUUGUUGUUAGAGUUCACUAUUGCCCAAGGAUUUUGGCAAGAGCAUAACUGCUAAAUUUCUCUCUUUUAUUAUUAAAUAAUGUCUACUUAAUAUUAAUUUUCAACAUUUUUGGUGCCUUUAAAAUAAUUAAGGUCAAAGAUUGUGAGUUAUUUGAUACAUUUUAGGCUCACUGAUUUGUUUCAAACAAUGGCAAAACUUAAGUCACUUGUUUAUUUUUAUUUUUUUUUUAACUGUUUUUAAAUUAUGAUGUCUGCUGUAAUGGGAAUAUUUGGAAGACAGUUGUUUCUUGUUUGUUUUUGGUUUUUUUCAUUCAAAAAAAAAAAAAAGCACCUAUUUUUUUUUUUUUUUUUAAUUUUUUUUAAAUUUUGUUUUUUUCUGUAAUGGGAAUAUUUGGAAGAAUUUUGUUUUUUUUUUUUUUUUGUUUUUUUUCAUUCAAAAAAAAAAAAAAAGCACCUAAUUUGUAUUUCCAACUAGUUUCGAGCGGAUCUCUCGGGCUGAUUAAAUUUUCUAUACGACUUAUUUGACUAAGUCUCGCAACUCGUAAAAAGGACGCAAAUCUACAGUAAAAUUUGAACGAAAAUGAAAUUCACAUUUUUUUUUUUUUAAAUUACAAAGAGAAAUUUAAAAAUAAAAAUAAUAAACUUGCUACUUAUUACAUUAAUUUAACUUUGAAAGAAGAAGUAAUCAUAGCCGUAAGUCCAUCGCUUCUCUGUUCUUAUCAACAUUUAUCCUCGCAUCCCCUUGAUUCAAUAUUUCAAUUUGAGGUGAAUUAGAUAUAUUUAUUGUUAGAGUUGGGGCCACCCCUUUUACCUUUGUCCAAUCAAAAUCACAAAUAAUAAUUCUCUAGGUACGUAUGUAUGGCAGUAACGCUGUGUUCAAAAGGCGGGUAAAAUAAAUUCCCAGAAGUUAGCACCAAUCGGGAUUCUUAUAAAGUGCGUUCCUCGAAUGCAUGUUUUGUCAAGUAAUGUUAGUGAAUGGGAGGUUCACACAUCGCCGCCUCCAAUUUUUACGGUUUACUUCCGUUAUAUAAAUAAUAAUUUGUCUUUUUUUUUUUUCUUCAUACCUCCAGGUCUAGAAUUAGUUUUUGAGAUUCCAUACGUCUACACUACAAUCCCCAUGGCCCUCAUUGUUUACCUGUACGCCUUCAUAUGCACGUGCACCAGUGCCCGUACCCAAGGCCUGCUGACCAGCGUCCUCAUGGUACUCAUGGGCAGCAUGUUUUCAUCGGUGGCCAUGUACGGCUCGUACAAGAUCACGGCAGGCAUGGUAGCAGGUGAGCAAAUGAGCAAGCCACGUAACAGACAGUAGUUAGUAGUUAGUUCUCUCCAAUUAGCGAAGAACAUUGUCAAACUCUUAAACAAUUAAUAAUUAUACUCAAUCAAUGUUUUGGGUAAAGUUCAAGGAAUCGUUUUCUGAUUUGUUUUAAAUUCAUUUUUGUUCAGGGCCGAAACUUUUUACAAAUUGCCAAUAUUUACAAUAUUUUUAGCUUUAGACUUUGUAUUUGUUAUUAUUAUUAUUAACACAAUUUUAUGUAAAUUGAUUUGAUUGAAGUUGGUCGUGGUGGACUCUAGGGGAAUUUGUUAGUAAUUUAAUUUUAAAUUAAAUAAUGUUGUUGAGUUGCAGUUGAUUAAAAUAGGAGUGAAGCAAAUCUUGCAGAGCUACACUGUCGUAGCAUUUAAUUGCACUAAAAAAAUAUGUAGCGUUUUUCAUCUGCUAUAAAAAAAAAGGGGGGGGGGUGCUAAAAAUUAAAAAAAUUAUUAAAAGUAUAAACUUUGUUCAACUCACCUGACACAUGUAAAAGCUCAUUUAUGGCUAGCGUAGCUUUAGUGACCAAUAUGACAGUGUUUAUCUUUUUGUAUGCAUGGCAAAAAUCUCCAACAUGAAAAACAACAAAUGAUAGUCAAAUAGCAAAAGGUGUUUUUUUUUUUUUUUAUGUCACUGCUUAAAAAAAAAUAAUGAAAUAAAUCCCAGAGAUCAAUGCGGGUCACUUCCACUUCCAACAACAUUACGUCAUACUGCUACUGACCCUGAGUCUGGUCUACGCCGCCCUCAUGCACCCGAGGGAGAGCCACCAGAUCAUCUACGGCUUCGCCUACCUCUUCAUCUUCCCGGCCAUGCAUGUCCUAUUGCCCAUUUACAGCAUAGCGAACAUCAUCGACCAGAGCUGGGGCACCAGAGAUUCGGUAAGUAACAACAGUGGUAUCAAAGACUUAAUUGGUGGGGGGUACUCAUUCGAAUCCUUCAGUAUACAACAAAAAAGAACGCAGUCAACAACAAACUAAAAUAGCAUUGGAAUGUUGUACAUUUGUAAUUAGGUCAUUGGGCACAUAACAUAAUGAGACUAAAUCAUAUUCAAAUAGUGUAUGUUAUUAUAUUUAAGACAUUUAAAUCUUGGUUACAGAAAGAAAUGCUAAGAGGUAAAUAAGCAAUACAUCAAUACAUUUGGCAACUCUUUUUAAAUUUGUUCUUUUUGUCCUAUUUGCAGAACAAGGCUAAAAUGCCCAAAUUAUCGUGUAUGCCAAGUUUGAAAAAGUUGAGAAAACGAAUGAAGAAAAGUAAAUCUAAAGACGUCAGUCAAGGUAAUGUUUUUAUUCUUUUCGUUGUUUGUUGUUUUUUUUUUUUAUUUUCGGCUACCGGUAUUCAAAUUUUUAAGUAAGACUAUUUGUUUGUUCAAUUUAUUCCAUUUCUUAUUUGAUUAUUUUUUUUGUUUGUUUGUAGUUGUUGUUUUGUUGGUUUUUUUUUUUUUAAUACUAAAGCGCAUUUGUUUUUUAUUCUUUUUGUUGUUUUUUUUUUUUUUUUUUUAUUUUCGGCUACCGGUAUUCAAAUUUUUAAGUAAGACUAUUUGUUUGUUUUAUUUAUUUCAUUUCUUAUUUGAUUAUUUUUUUUGUUUGUUUGUAGUUGUUGUUUUGUUGGUUUUUUUUUUUACAAUACUAAAGCGCAUUUGUGUCCAACUAUCAAUCCACAGAAUGUACUUUAACCCUUGUUUAUGGUAUCUACGGUAUUCUAAAAGAACAAGGUCAUCACAAAAACAAUUUCCCAGAAAGCGCAUCUGCUCUCCUCGGUUAUUCCAUUAUUUUACUGCGUGAUUUUAAUCGUGCAAUCUCCUCAUGGGGAUGGGAGGGGAAAAAAAAACGUAUCUUUCUUUCUGUGACCUUGGAUCUAUGUCUGCAUAAUCUACAAAUAGGAUCCGCCUUUUCCUUAUAAUCUCUGCAAAUGUUUGGUGCGAGGAAGAAAAAAAAAAGACGUGUUUCAUUGAAAAUGGAAAAUGUGUGGGAAAAUAUGUGGCAAAAUGUGUGGGAAAAUAUGUGGGAAGUGUGGGAAAAUGUGCGGGGAAAAUGUAUGGGAAAAUGUGUCAUUGUAAUGAACAAUUCUCAUUUAACCAUGCGCUGAAAGAAACAUUUUUUAUGUUGUUUAACUGACCUUUUCGUAACAGAAAUAAUGUCAGGAUGUUCGAAGGUGAGUUUAUGACGCAGCAAAAGGCACGUCAGCCUGUUCUACAUCCCACUCACGGCCAGCGUCCAAUUACUUAGUUAUAGCUAGUCCCACAGCACUUAUUAGAGUGAUGUGAUCUAGACGGAACGAGAGCAAUUUGUAUCAUUGCACCCUUUUUAAUUUUGUUUGGGAAUAACAAUGGGGGAGACGGCGAUCAAUUUUUGAGAUAAGGAAAAGGGGAAUACGGGGUGUAAUGGAACGCUUGGAAAAAAAAAAAGACACAAUAAAAAGGAUGUAUCGGCAAAAAGCCUUCCUUGGCAGCAACUCAAUUGAAAACAAGAAUAUUUUUAAAAAGAAAAUAAACUUACCUAUAACAGUUUGGGGGGGGGGGGGGGGGGGGGCGUCGACUAGUCCAAGAAGAAACGUGUGUUCCUUAUUUGCUUAAUUUUGUUCAACUUAAUUUAAAACAGAUUUGAAUUAACUUUAGUUUGUCUGAUGCAUGUGGCCAUCACUUUACUGAAAGCGAAAUGUUAAUUGCUUUCCAGGUCCUUACCCCGACAACCAUGAACCAGACGCACAGACGGAACUGCAAGACAUUCUGUCCUCCCUCGUCAUGGACAUGUCCAAAGGGGAUGAGAAGGCCAGAGAGGAGUACAAAUUCUGGGAAUCCCUCAUCGCCACGCAUCUCGGAGUUGACGUCAACAAAGGUCUGGAGAAGGCGGCCCUCGCCGAGGGACUCGGUCGGAUGCGAAAUCGUCUCCUCGGCGGAUUCCUCCUCUUGAAUGCCGUUUGGCUGGGGUUCCUCUCCUAUUUCUACCUUGGUUUGGACUCGCCCCUGUCGAGGCUUAAUAUUUACGGCAUCAUCAGCGGGGCCCUUUACGGUUUCACGCUUAUCAUUCAGAUUCUCGGACUGACCGCAGGAAGAAUAGAGCAAGUGUUGAGAAGGUUGGCGACAUACGUGCACGGGGACAAGUUUCCGGUGUGGGUUAGUGAACGAGAAUAAAAGAAACCAGAUUGCAGAUAUUUAAAAACUUGAACCGACACUGCAAAGUUCUAUUGAUGUCAAUUGCUACAGUGGCGUAACUUCCGCCUUAGGCGUAAAAAACACGCCACGGGCUUUGAGAAAUCUUAUUAAGUACUGGACAAACAAUUUAGUACAUAUUUGGCCUUCAUGUAUCUUAAGCAUUUUAUUUGAAUUAAUAGGAAUAUUUUUAAAAUGUAAAACGCAAUAAGAUUUGUACUAGCCUAAUCACAGAACAGUAUCUUUGUUAAACAGUUUACAUAGUUUGUCCCAAGUCUAUUUGAGUUUACUUAUACCAAUGGACAUGGAUGGCAUGGUUAAAAAAUAAAGACAGUUACAAAUGAAAAAUCGCUUUGUACAUAGAAAUUGGUAUUCUUUUACAUCAUUAGACUGGGACAUUAAUAAGGGGGUACGUAUGAUGAUUUCUUUAUUUCCAUUCAUUUGGUUUGAGCAUAAUAGCUAAAGCCACUGACAUUUCCCCUUAAUAUCAGUCUGUUCAAUGUAUUGUUCCAAAUACGAAAUUCAAAGACUUUGAAAUAAAACUAAUCAAUGAACGAUGAGAUUUAAAACAUUAAUUUUUGAUUAAUUUAUUUCUAUCAAAAAAACAGAUGUUUAUUCCUAACAAGGAAAUACUAACAUCGACUAAUAAAUUAAAUGUUACAAUUUUAAGACUUUCCCCUCACUACUCUACUAGAAUCAUUAUCGUCUGCACAAGUCAGUCAAGUUUGUUCAUCUUUUGCUUCCAGAAAUGAAAACUUUAAUCUUUUCAUAAGGCUUACUUGAGGCUUAACAAAUUACAUUUUUAUUUCUUGGCUCAUUCAAAUGUUUUAUUGUUCUGAGUCCUUGUGUACCAGUACUAAACAUGUGCUGUUACACAUUCAGCCCCUAAGAUUUGAGUCCUUGUGUACCAGUGCUACAGUGUGUUGUUGGCUAAUUUUUCAAAGGAGUUGAAUCUACUUAAUGUUUCAUUAAAUCAUUUCCAAUCAUUUAGUUUGUACCUUUAUGCUCCAUCUCUUAGUUCAGAUACUGACCAUCUUACCCCAUGUUACUUGUUAUUAAAUUAUCCUACACUUGUGUAUACAUUAUAUUUCAUUCUCUGACCACACUAUUAUUUUAUCAAACUCCGUUAUCUAUAAAUACUGUAAUGUCAG